UUCACGCUGUCUAUUGGCAUCAGUUUCGACGCAUAUAGGAAUGAAUACAAGUUGGUGUGGUUUGGAGAUAAGAGACUUGCGCCACAUUAUAAAAAAAAGAUUAUAUCGCACUCAAACUCCAGGAAUUAAACAGAAGUUUCUUUUGAGGUGUAUACGUGCCAAAGUCUAUACCUGUAGUCUUGUAUUCCAGGGAAAUACCUGGGAGAUGAGGCCCAGGAGUGGCAUUAUUGUAGUUGUUUUGGGUAUUUUGGGAUGUAUGUUGAUGUUAACCUCCUGGCACGAAGCGCAACCAGAUAAUGUACCGUUGCAGCUCAGUGUGGUGUAUGAGAGAUUACUACAGGCAGAGCAACGGGGGAAAGCCUUAUCGCAUGAGUUGCGUAAAGUGCAGGUUCAACUUCGAAACCGCAGCGCAUCUUUUAAUCUCACAUGCAGCCAAACCACAGCAACAAGGGAUAAGACGGCACUUCCAGGUUUUUUCUCUUCACAGCCUAAUGCCCUUCUCUACUUACCCCACCUGAAACGGCACCCGGACAGUCUGAAACCCAUCAUUCACCUGGGGCAAGGACGCUCUGGAGUGCCCCUGGUGUUAGGAGUUCCUACCGUGCACAGGCAGAAACAGAGUUAUCUCGUGAACACGCUCCAGUCUCUCUUAUAUGACCUCUCACCUGCCGAGAGGAGGGAUAUUGUCAUUAUAGUGUUUGUUGCCGAGACGAAUGCAACGUUUGUGAAUAGUGUUGUACAGAAUGUGCAGAACAAUCUCCCUGAUGAUGUCAGUUCCGGGAUAAUAGAAGUCAUCUCACCCUCUCGUCACUAUUACCCAGACUUUACUGACCUCAAGGAAACUUUUGGGGACUCCAAAGAGCGCGUCAGAUGGAGGACCAAGCAGAACCUGGACUACAGUUUUCUCAUGCUGUAUGCCCAAAAUAAGGGAACAUUUUAUGUCCAGCUGGAGGAUGAUAUCAUAGCGAAGCAAGGAUAUUUAGAGUACAUAAAAACGUUUACACAGCAGGUGCUUUCCCAGGAGUGGCUUUACCUGGAGUUUUCACAGCUGGGAUUCAUCGGCAAGCUUUUCCAGUCAUCGGAUCUGCCAAUGAUUGUGGAGUUCAUUCUGAUGUUCCACAAGGACAAGCCUAUUGAUUGGCUUCUCGAUCACAUCCUGUGGGUCAAAGCAUGCAACCCGGAGAAAAACUCUGCACACUGCAAUACCGAGAAGGCCAAACUAAAGAGAACACACAAGCCAUCUUUGUUUCAACAUGUCGGUUUGCAUUCGUCCCUGCAGGGUAAAAUGCAAAACCUAAAAGAUAAAGACUUUGGGAACCUGGUGUUGUUCAAAUCCCAUCACAACCCACCUGCAGAGCUCAGCAGCAGUUUGAAGCACUAUCAGACGCACGGUCUAGAGGGGGCGUACAGAGGAGAGGACUUCUUCUGGGGUCUCACACCCAAAAAAGGAGAUUAUAUUGUCAUCACAUUUUCUAAUCCUCAAACAGUCAAAGGGUUCCUUUUUCGAAGUGGUAAUAUUGAAACAAAUGGUGACAGGUUUUACAACACAACAGUGGAAGGACUACCUGUUUAUAGCGCUGUGAAGGAGAAGGUGGAAAGAGGGGAACUGCCCUGCUGUAAACCUUCAGCUAAUGGCUUUGUUGUGAUAGGUUCUUUUAAGAAUGGAGUGGCUGCAGGCGAUGUAGAUGAAGAACUACAGCAGUUAUCUGCCAUACGCCUUCUGGUUCAUUCUGAUUCUGAUGUCUGGGUUCUUCUCAGCGAGAUCCUGAUUAAAGUUUGAUGAGCAGGGGAGAGAGGAGAAAUCGGAGCUGCAUGGUAACCUGUCAAAUCUCGUGAUGUGGGCAACAGUGCACCCUGUUGUUCUGGGAAAGAAC